GUCACACUCCCACAAUGCUUACCGCCCCAUAACUCCGCUGCAGCCUGAGGGGAGCCAGACACACUCUCAGGCCCCAAAUAUAGAAAAAAAUAUAGGAAAAAAAUCGGAAAAAAUAAGAAAAGAAGCGAUCGAGGGGAGAAAGAGCGUGGAGCGGUGUCGUGGGGCUCUCUCCCACGGUGGGGUUUGUGAUCCGGUCCGCGAUGGAAGCUUACCGGGGCUCCAUGUGAAAUUGACUAAUGCGGUGCUGGAAACUUUUUGUGAAGUUAUUCAACACGGCGCACUUUGUCCGUCGGCCCCCUUCGCUGUUGACGUUUGAUGUUCUUUUGCAACUUUUUCGGCGAUCCGAACAGUAAAAAUGCAAAGCAGUGUUUCCCACUCACCGCCAACCAUAGCUGUUGGGACUGGGUGAGGAGGAGAAGACCAGAGAUUGAAGGAGAGGAGCGACUGAAGCAGAGAGUGAGAGAAGGAAGGCGCAGAGACGAAAGAAAAGGAUUUUAACAGAUUUUGGCUCACUUUGAUGCUUCCAUUGGAUCAUUGGUCCUCCUUGUAAGCUUCUUUUUCAACAAAACCCCCCCCUCACAACUUCCCACGUUGAGCCUGCAAGGCAGGGGAGCCACAAGUGAAUUUUCAUGGCAGCGGCACUCUAGGGCUGCCAUGGCAGCUGCUGCCGCCGAUGCCUCACACCGUAAUACCGCACUGACGCCGGAGGAAGAGGGACGACGGACUGCCGCCAAGCUGUUUGGUAGCGCCGCCCCACUGCCACGGACAGAGAGAGAGAGAGAGCGAGAGAGGGGGAGAGAGAGAGAGAGGGAGAGGGGAGAAGAAGGAGAAGAGGUCGGGAGAGUGAGUGGGAACGAGUGUUUGGUGUGCGGGGCUCUGUUCGCUUCACAGGAGAAGCUCCGGCUCCACGCCUUGUGUCACACAGGAGAGAAACCCUUCCACUGCUCACAGCCACACUGUCUCAAGGCCUUCAGCUCAAAAUACAAACUGUUCAGGCAUAUGGCCACACACUCUCCACAGAAGACCCAUCAGUGCUCGUUCUGUGAGAAAAUGUUCCACCGCAAAGACCACCUGAAGAACCACCUGCAGACCCAUGACCCCAACAAGGAGGCCUUCAAGUGUGAAGAUUGUGGGAAGCACUACAACACCAAGCUGGGAUAUAAGCGCCAUGUAGCCAUGCACUCUGCAACGGCAGGGGAUCUCACCUGUAAAGUGUGCAUGCAGACCUACGAGAGCACACCUGUGCUCUUGGAGCACCUCAAGAGCCACUCUGGGAAGUCUUCGGGUGGCACCAAGGAGAAAAAACACCCAUGUGACCACUGUGACCGUCGUUUCUACACACGAAAGGAUGUGAGACGGCACAUGGUGGUCCACACAGGCCGAAAGGACUUCCUGUGCCAGUACUGUGCCCAACGCUUCGGCAGGAAGGACCAUCUGACACGUCAUGUGAAGAAGAGCCACUCACAGGAGCUGCUUAAGAUCAAGACGGAGCCUCCUGAUAUGUUAGGUCUUUUAGCUUCCGGGUCACCACCCUGCUCUGUGAAGGAGGAGCUCAGCCCCAUGAUGUGCGGUAUGGGUCCCAACAAAGACCCCAUGAUGGGAAAACCAUUUCCCAGUGGGGCCCCUUUUCCAAUGGGCAUGUACAACCCCCACCAUCUCCAGGCCAUGUCCAAUUCUGGGGUGGGUCACCCACACCCUUCCCUGAUGCCCAGUUCCUUGUCUGCAGCUAUGGGCAUGGGCUGUCACAUGGAAUCCCCUGGACCUCUUCACCCACACUCCCAUCACCACCACCACCAUCACCACCAUCACCACCACCACCAUUCCCCUCCGCUGCCCUCACACCACCAACCUCCGGCUCCCCAGCAGCAGCACCAGCCCCAGCCAGCCUCCAAAUACCAGCUGGGAUCUACCUCAUACCUGCUGGACAAGCCCUUGAAAGUGGAGAUGGAGAGUUUCCUCAUGGAUCUGCAAAGUGGCUCGCCAGGCCCGGUUCCCUCUGCAGAGCCCCACGCUGCUGCCUCGCCCCCCAAGGAUGGACUGGAGCCCACCACGGGCCUGGCGGAUGAGCUUUGCGGAGAUCACCUCCUGUCCAAGAGCCCUGCGGUGAUCGCUGAGUCUCUGUGUGCUGCUAACAUGGACUUCUCCCACCUGCUGGGGUUCCUGCCCCUCAACCUGCCUCCCUACAGUGCCCCCAUGAGCACGGGAGGGCUGGUGAUGGGUUACACCUCAUCUGCGACCUCCUCCUCUUCUUCCAUCUCCUCUUCCUCAUCUCUGCACGCUGCCGAGCCCCAUGCUGCAGCAGUCGCUGCGGCAGCAGCUGCCGUCGCCACAGCACCUCUUACCUCUUUGCAACCGCAACCUCAGGAGCAGCAGAGCUCCAGCGGGGGUCUGGGCCUUGGUCCCCUGCACCCCCUCCCAUCAGUGUUCAGCUCCAGCCUUAGUACCACCACACUGCCUCGCUUCCACCAGGCCUUCCAGUGAGAGAGCCAGCCCUCGGCCCAGCCCUGCCCUGCCAAGAUGGCCUCCACACCAGCCUCAGCUCCGUUCAGCUCUGCUUGGAUAUUUCAGGCUGUGGUUCUUUACAGGGCGUGAUCAAAAAGUUGGAGGAUUAGAAUAAAUAAAUACACAUAUGAACGCUUAGAAGCCUUAAAUGAAAGCACACAAAAGCUUUUGAUUGAGCCUUAAAAGGAUGUUAAACCCCUUUGAGCAAAAAGGAAAGGUGAAAAGAAAAGUUGAAGCAGCUUUUUAUUUGGGCUUUUUUUUCUCCUAUCCUAUAGUUAUAACAACGUAUUAACCCAUAUUUUUUUUUAUUUCCAGUUACUUCCCCUUUUAUCCCCCCUUCCAUCCCCUAUUUAGUAGUAUAGAGGGCAGGAUCAGUAGGCUAAAAGGCGUGGUACUGCAUACUUUCUAAAGUAAUAAUAUUAUCAAAGAUAAUUUUUAGUGAAGAUUAUCUGUCUUGUUGUGACCCAGAAAAAAAAUAGUUUGAAGUGGAUAUUUUGUUUUACUAUUUUUCUUUUCCAAAUCUAAGAACAUGGUAGAAUGUGUCUCAUCUUGAGUUUCGAAAACCACCUAAUAACCUAAAACUGUCAGGAUCAGUAUGACAAGGAGAGAGAUCAGUGAAGGAAUGAAGAAAUGUAGACCUUGAGUUGACGAUUGAACCCUGAACUCUAAAAUGUAGAUGGCCAGGCCAGAGCCACAAAAGCGACCCCUGCCUCUAAAAAAAAAAGUGUUCUUCAGACGAGACAAACAAUUUGACGGAUGCCCCUUAUUAUUUUCUUCUUCUUAACUGUAAAUGGUAUGCUCCGGGAGUCAGGUCAGUUUGAAUGAACAGACUCUUUAUCAUAAGGGCUGAUAAGAGAACUGUUAGCUGCCAAACACAAAGGCCGCUCACACACACGGCCACACAUUUGAUGGAGAAAAGAAAGAAAUGUGAAAGUGCGUGAGUUGGUUGAAAAUGAUUUUUUUUUUUUUUACUGUUCCUCAAGAGAAGCACUUUUUUUUUUUUUUUUUUUUUAGCAGAAGGCACUUCACCUCUCCUUGGGAAGCCUUUUGUCAAAGACUUUCUCCUCUCUCUCUCUCUCUCUCCUUCCUUCUAACAGUUAUCUUGAAAAGCUCCCGUGAUAACGAUAACUGCAGCUGUCAAACAUACCUUCAUUCUUGGAACAAAAUACCGACACAUCUUCUAGGCAGUCUUUGAAAAAGAUGCAUCAUCAUGGUAAUGAUGAACCCUGACAUAUGUGAAUGGCAAAAAAAAAACAAAAAAAAAACAAAAGGAUUACAGUGACAGAUGAGGAAAAAAUGUGUUAAAGAAUGUUAUUGCAGUGUACGAAAUAUCUCAAAAAUGAAUAUUAUUAUUGCUUUUAUCUCAGUAAGGUGUAUUUUAGGUAGACGUAUUAAAACUAAGUGAUGAUGUUUUUGAUGUCUGGCAGGUUUACAUUUGUGUAUAUCUUGCAUUGUUGAUCAAACAAAUGGAUGAAGUAUUAGCUUUUUCCCUUAAGCUUUCUGUCAUAUCCAAUCUUUACCUUUACAUGUACUUGAGUUAGUAUAGUGGAAUCAGAACUGUGGAUGGGAAAUAUCUAUAAAAGGCUGUUAGUGGCUUAAUAAUCAGUUAGGAUUUGAAUAGAUAAAUUGUGAUGCUGAAAUGGAUGGCCUAUGAAUCUAUGACUAUAGGUCUUUAUCCAGUGAAAUAUGUAACCCCCUGAGCUGUGAUGAGAUCCCAGCAGAUUUCACUCCGAGCUCAGCGCUCCUGGAAGUCUUGGAGUCGAAACCUUUCACCACCAGCCUAUAAAAACCUGAGCCCAAAGUUAACCUAAGCCUCAAAAGUAAAAUAGGUGCUCUUUAUCUAGUGUUCUGUCUGUGGCAUGACCAACACAACUGGCAUAUCCAUAACUAUCCAUAACUUUGUGUGUGUAAAUGUUGUUCCAGUCAUAGACCGGCGAUCCCCAACCGCCAUUAAACGUUGAGUGAAAACGAACAAACAAACAAACAAAAAAAAAAAGAAGAAAAAAAUCCAGGAAAGACAAAAACAUAGCACAUAAAAAAUAAAAUAAAAUAAAAUACAUAUUGCUGCUUUUAGCUACAGUUGUCGACGGAUUACAACUGUAGACCACUAGAACAUUUCUUUUUUUUUUUUUUUUAUUUUUUUUUUUUUUUUUUUUUUGCAAGAUGGACAGUGAGCUGAAAACAUGCACAAACCGAACCGACAUAGUGUUCAUCAUCCCUGGGCCCCAUCCCCUCUGUACUCCUCCUCCUCCUCCUCCUCCUCCUCCUCCUCCUCUCUCAGCUGCUUUGUAGAGUCAAAGGAAAAGGGUCUGAAAAUACAGCGAUAUCCAGAAGAAUGCAGUCACCCAAUUCCCGUGCUUUGACAUUCAAAGCACGGGGGACAAAUGACUGACUGCCCUUGGGGUAUUGCUCAUAGUCAUAUAUUUGUUUUGUUUGUUGUCAUAUGAUAUAUUAUUUUCUGUUUGUAUAAAACAGGACCUCGAAAAAACAACACAACACAUCACCUCAUUUUUAUUUGUUUUUUUUUUUCUUUUCUUACCAAAACCUGGGGAGAAGAAACUACAUUUUUGCACAAUUGCUUGUUACAAAAUGCUACGAGUGUUACCUGAUUUCUGAUACUGUAGGAUAUGAAACCACGGCGACGAGCAGCUGAUCAUGCCUCUGUGGUAGACAGUUGAAUAUUCCCCUUAUAAAGUAGGAGCAGCUGAAAACUUAGAAGCACUGAUGCAGAAGAAGCCUCUCUACAGUCUGACUGUUUGAUCAGCCCAAAUCUUAGAUUUUAUAAUCAAGUCAUUUGAAAUUUAUCUGUCACUUAUUAGUCCCCCCCCCUUAGAAAUUCAUUGUUUUGAUGAUGACUCUUCUAAAAUGAUCACACCUUUUAUUGAUCCUAAAUAAAUUAGCUGUCAGCACCUUUCUAAGAAUUUUCAUGAUAUAUAAAAAAAAAAAAGAGAGACAAGAUUCAAAUUUGAUCUUUAUUGAGUUAAAAAAGAAAAGGUCGUUUUUAAAGAAAAACCCUCUUGGCUCAAGCCAAAUUUGUAGCAAUCAAAUUGAGCAUUUAUAUUUUUGUAACAUGUGAUAUUCAUUUAGUCCUUUAAAAAAAGAAAAAAGAAAAAAAAAAAGCUUUUGGCAUGUAUUAAGUUUGUCCUCCCUGGGUUUCUGUGAGCUAAUCUGAAUUCUAGCACUUUCAACCUUAAAAAAAAAAAAGAGUAUUUUUUUUCUUUUAAAUUUUCAGCUUAUAUGUUCAUAUGUUUUUAAUUUUGUAUUGAUCCUGUAUAUGUAUGUGCCAUUAGUUUGAUGUGUAGACUUUAUCAACCUUUUGUGUAUUUCUCUUCUCCAAAAGAAUAACAGUAUUUUUGAUAGACUUUUCACUAAUAUCCUUCUACAUAAGAGCCCCCUGUCCCUUCUCCUUUGAAAGAGUUUUGUUUUCUUGGGUAAGCUUUGCCUUCUCUCGCUCAAAUUUAUUGCAUCAAACUCUACAGCCAAGUGCUUGAAUAGAACAGAAACAACAUUAUCUGUUAUUCUGAGGCACUGAGAAACAAGACUGCUGUCAGCCGAGUGUCAAAAGCCACAACCUGACCACAAGCUUCCACUGAAAGGCCGUUGUAACAGAAUCAUUUUGACGGGCCAUAUUUAGACCAUGUAACUGAAGAAAAUUAAGUCAGGAGUGGCACCAAAAUAUAGCACUUAGAGCAUACAGCCAUUGUCAGUGAAGUGGAUCCCAGCCCAAAGGAAAAGCUUCAUGCUGGUAUUGACUCAUACAUAUACUCAGUAAUACAGUUACUACUGUUUCAAAGUGAAUAACGUGACUUUGAAGGUUCAGUGUGUGAGAUUUAAGAAGCUCUGUUUACAGAACAUGGCAGAAAUGGAAUAUAAAAUUCAUAAAUAUGUUUUCAUUAGUGUCAAAUCACCUGAGAGUAGCAAUAAUCAAGUUUUUAGAAGAACUUUUUUGGAAUGGGUCACCACCAUCUUUCUACAGUUUUCCAGGAGAGACAAACCAAACCCUGGCUUUAAAUGAGGCCUAUUACACUUUUUGUGAGUUUCUCUUCCAUGCUUGGAAGGAGAAGGUGAGGUGAGGUGUAUUUUAGUUGGCUACAAUCUGCAGCUUCACCACUAAAUGGCACGAAAUGUUACACAGCAGACCUUUAAAUGAAUGUUACUAAACAUGAAAAUAGGUGGAAAAGAGUAGAACCUCUUAGAUAUUUUAAGAGGGAAAUGAAAAAGUUGUGGAGGUGUGGUCAGGACGUACUCGUAGCUGUGAAACACUGACAGCAACAGACCUCGUGCCUGUUUUUCAGACGUGUUUCCAGGCUGUUCACUCAGGACUGAGUUAGUCAUUCAUCACUGAGAGUCUGUUCUGACAAAAAUGGACCUCUGUAUGGAAGCUCAUUUCUACCCCAUGAAAAUAUAGGGAAGAUAAAAGUAAAAAAAAAAUACUCAUGCACUUACAAAGUGUGACUUAGUAAGAUGCAAAUCAGUCAAAGUAAAGUAAAGUAAAACUCUUUGACUUCAAAUAAAUUCAAAAUUCUGGCUUAAAAUGUUGAAUUUUUAUCAUAAUUUAGACUCAAUCAGUGAAAACUUUCACUAUCUCAUUAUUUUAAAGUAACGAGGUCUUCCACUUCUUCACUAUGAACUUCUAUUUACUAUCUUAACUCUGACUUACUAUGUCAGACUAUUGAGUUAGUAAGUGAAUACAAUUCUGACUUAUCAACUGAUAUUUCUUACAUAAUAAAGUCGCCUAUCUUCUCAUUUUACCUCACCAUUAGCAUUUUUAAUAGAAGUAUUCAUAACUCUUUUUUUUUUGGUAGCAAUGGGCUUCUGUAGUCUGAGCUGACACACAAAGCUGAUACCAAAUCAGACUAAUAACAACUCUUAAACACUUAAAUAUAGAAAGAUUUAACACGGACCAUCCUCUGACCGCUGACAGUGAUUGUUGUUCUGUUCCUCGGCUUGGCUGUAGCUCCAUUACCUCGACCUGCACCUACUAGGGAUGCACUUAUCCUCACCUUUUCCUCUUUACUACUAGGUGCAGAACACAAACAUUUUAAGGGAAUUUGUUCAUCAGUUUAAGCUUGAGAAAAACUGAUCUGAUUUUAAUAAUGUUCUCUCUUUCUCUCCCUCUCUUUGUUUUUUUUUUGCUUUUAGUAGGAAACCGGGUACUGUCUGAAGCAGGCAACAUCCACAUGUAGUUUUAUAUAUUUCUAGCUUAAUGUAAGUCUUGCAUUCCAACCUCUUUGUGUAUCUUGUUUAGUGACUUAUCCCAUUUUAUUUUUAUCACUUGCUAUUACAGCCACCUCUGGAAGAAAAAAAAAAGGUGAAAAAAGGUGAAAGAAAAUAGAAUAUUUGCAUUCACUUCACUUACUAUUUUAUAUAGCAUGGAGUUUAUCAACUACAGGGAGAAUUAUAUAAAUGAUGUGCUUCGGAGAAAGAAAGAAAACGAGAAGUAUUGCUUUUUUUUGUUACAUAUCUCACAUGCAAUCAGUUGCUGCAAUGUAACAGUGACAGAUUUGUAUAUUGGUUGAUCCAAAGAGAUGAUGAACACAACAACAGAACUAUUGACUUAUUGUACAUUACAGUGUAUCUUUGAGUUGUCAUGUGUUAUGUUGAAAUUAUUAAAAGACAAACCAGCGGUUUCAUACCCUA